AUGUUCUUAGGCAUCAUUGGUACACUAUUUUCAAUUUGUGAAAUUGCAACAUUUUAUUAUAAUCCAGUGUUAUACGUACCCGAUUGGAUAGACUAUCUUAACCAUCAAGACAAUCUCACUAGAGACUUAUUUGCCAACUAUGAUCCAACAAUUUCUUCGGUGUACUCUAGUUCUUUUGACUACGAACCAUCACAUAACCACACAAGAACAGUUGAUCGCUGGAACUAUACCAUUUUACUUUAUUACCUGAAGUUGGUGGAGGUGCAAGAGCCAGAAGAAAAAGUAUCAGUUGUUUUGGAACUUGUGGAGCAAUGGUAUGACCCCAGACUCUCCUGGAACUCCUCGUUAUAUUCCAAUAUUCCAACAGUUUUCGUAAGACAGGAAAAAGUGUGGAGUCCGACAUUAUCGGCAUUUGGAGUAAACGAAAUAAUUGACUUCCGAGAUCAAGAUUUUCGGAUAGUAUCCAUUGACGAUAUAGGUUAUAUCCAGGACUAUUUGUCAGUGCGAGUGUCAUCAAAUUGUCCAAUGGAUGUUUCCAGAUUCCCGUUUGAUUCUCAGACUUGUCAAAUUUGUUUUUGUUUACCUAUAUUCAACAUACGGCAAGUCAAAAUUCUCAACGAAAUUUAUGAAGGUAUCCUGCAAGAAAAAAUAAUCAAAACUAUGGGAAACUCCGAAUGGAAAGUUGUCAGUCUUACUAAUCGUGUGGAGCAGCUGAAGUAUGAUGACGAUUACGGAAAUAUGGAUUUGGCAGUUUUUGAAAUUACAAUAAGAAGAAAUCCACUGUACUACAUCUACAUGAUAGUUUUCCCUUCUUUUGUCAUAAAUGGAAUUUCAAUAGUUGGUAUUUUCUUGAAGAGUGCCGACAAAAUGUCAAAGCUUAACGUUGGUCUCACAAACAUAAUGACCAUGACAUUUAUCCUCGGAGUGAUGGCUGAUAAGAUACCAAGAACCGGAAGCAUUCCAUUACUUGGAAUUUACAUUAUUAUAAAUCUUCUAAUUAUGAUAAUUGCCAUUACAGUUGUUGUUCUAAUCACUGAACUUCGCCAAUGGGCUGUGCCCCGGCUCAAACUCAAGAAGAGCUACAUUAGCAGGAAGCUAGAAACGUUUCUGGGCUCGCCAAUUGAGUACACCUGUGCAAUUCUAUUGGAGUUUCUGACAACCGCUAAUUUCUUCGUUAUUAUUGGAUUUUGGUUUGAGGAUUUAUAA